AGGAAACAAAAACAAUCGCCCGGGCGCCGCCAUCUUGGGUCCGUUCUCCACGCCACACAAGUGAAUGGGUAGAUAUGAAAUUACCACAGGGGAGCAGCAACAGCAGCAGGGUACGGAGGGCUGUUCCGAGCUGCCAGCUGGACUCGGAAGACUCUAGAGACGGCUCCUGUCGCCGCCGCCGCCCCGAGAGAACCCCCGGGCUCGGCCUUUUCUCCUCGCCAAGCCCUAAACUGCACUCCUGGAGGGACAAAGUUGGGCUCAGCCGCGCCGCCUCUGCCGCCCGGGAGACGAGAGAGUUGGGUUCCUCAGAGCCGGGAGUGAGCCGGGGGCAGAAUUAAGGCCGAGGGUGCCCAGGGGAUUCCCGCCCCCGCCGCCCUCCGGCCGGGGCUCGCCUGGUGCGCGGUGGGGGAGGCAGGAGGAGGCUCUGCCUGCCCGCCCCUGCUGCCGCUCGCCCCUUCCUCCUAAAAGGAGAAAAAAAAAGAAGGAAAAGGCAAGAACGGGAUCGAGCGCGGGGGGGCUGGACUGUCUCGCUUCUGCGUUUGACCAGCGGGCGAGGAAGAAAUCGCUGAGGAGUUGGAGAGGAGCAUCCAGCGGGAAAGAGGCACCGAGCGGCUGCUGCACGGGGGGAAGGAGCGGCCGCCGCAUCCCCCGCCCUCCUCCCUUCCCGGAGCACAAUUCUCCGAGCAGCACGGCGGCCAGGGAAGGAUUCGCCACAAAGAAUAUAUCACCCUCCUCCCCAGCGGCUGGAUACUGCGUUUUAUAUAUAUAAUAUAUAUUUUUAAUUUUUUUUUCAGUCGCUCUUCUGUGUUUAAAUACCAAAUAUAGCCUCUUGGCGGGGGAAGGGGAUGGAAAUCUCUUAGAAGAAUUUGCAAUCUUGCUGGGAUUGGGGAGUGCUGGUGCUGCCGGGCCCAGGAGAAGGGGAGAUGUGCGGCUCCGGCGGGCGGCAGGACUAGAGAUUUGCCACUUCUUCGGGAAGCCCGAAGGUUUGUUUGCCCUCAAACUCUUUCUCCCCUCUUCCUCUCCGGGGUUACGCUAAAACCCUCAGCAUUAUUAAAGAAAACCGAGGUGUUGCCCACGUGCAGCUGGUGGCUUGCCUUUUAAAUGUAGUUUUCAUCAAAAGAAAAAACAAAACUGACAAAACUUCCUCCCCUUCACCUGGAGGCUUUUGAGGUUUGAAACUGCAAUGGAGCUACUUUUCUUCCAAACACUACAUGUUGUAUAAGAGGAGCCAGGACUAAAAACAUCGUGUUUACAGAUUUCGAUCUGACUCCCCGACGCUCGGCACCCACGAGUGAUGCUUCACGGAGCCUGGUGUGGAAAGGCCAAGUUGGAGUGUGCUCAGAGACUUCGGCCUGUCCAGCGGCUCCAUUGUUGACUUUCUUUUUUCAAACGUGGAUUCGUAGCGUACUUUUAUGAAUUAAAUUUUGCCACCCUUUGUACAGAAGCCAAAUGACACGUGUGUUUUGAAACACGGUUCCAAAUAUACCCAUCCCUCAACCCGGAUUCUAGCAAGAAAGAGCAGGAGGGAGAUCGUCGGUGUCUAAAGAAAUUUGAUUUUACUGUUUCAUGAACAUUUGUCUGCUGCAGAAAUGUUGCUAUAGAUUGCUUUAUAGUGGUUCAGCAAGAAGGGAGAUUUUUCCAGCUUGCAGGACCCAGGAAACUGGAUACUUAAAGUCACUUAAAUGUUUUAACAGCAUUGGAAAAUGGGAGCUGCUACUAAGUUGGCGUUUGCUGUUUUUCUUAUCUCUUGUUCUUCAGGUGCCAUACUCGGCAGAUCGGAAACACAAGAGUGUAUCUACUACAACGCUAAUUGGGAAAAGGAUAAAACAAAUCGCAGUGGUAUUGAACCUUGUUAUGGUGAUAAAGAUAAAAGACGACACUGUUUUGCUACUUGGAAGAAUAUUUCUGGAUCAAUUGAAAUUGUGAAGCAAGGUUGCUGGCUGGAUGACAUCAAUUGUUAUGACAGGAAUGAUUGCAUAGAGAAGAAAGACAGCCCUGAAGUGUUUUUCUGUUGUUGUGAAGGCAACAUGUGCAAUGAACGUUUUUUCUACUUUCCAGAAAUGGAGGUCACGCAACCAACUUCCAAUCCCGUUACACCGAAGCCACCGCUGUUCAAUACCUUGCUUUAUUCGCUGGUUCCUAUAAUGGGAAUUGCAGUGAUCGUGCUCUUUUCCUUUUGGAUGUACAGACAUCACAAGCUGGCGUAUCCUCCGGUACUCGUUCCAACCCAACACGCCUUUCAUAUAAUGAUUGAGGAUCCUGGACCACCACCCCCCUCACCGCUGAUGGGUUUGAAGCCGCUGCAGUUACUAGAGAUCAAGGCCAGGGGAAGAUUUGGCUGCGUAUGGAAAGCUCAGCUACUAAAUGAGUAUGUUGCAGUCAAAAUAUUCCCUGUUCAGGACAAACAGUCGUGGCAGAACGAAUAUGAAAUUUACAGUUUACCUGGAAUGAAGCACGACAACAUUUUGCAGUUCAUCGGGGCAGAGAAGCGAGGCACCAGCAUCGACGUCGAUCUCUGGUUAAUCACGGCGUUCCAUGAAAAGGGUUCGUUAACAGACUUUCUCAAGGCUAACGUGGUUUCCUGGAAUGAGCUGUGCCACAUCGCGCAGACCAUGGCGCGAGGCUUGGCUUAUCUUCACGAGGAUAUUCCGGGGCUCAAGGACGGACAUAAACCUGCCAUCUCACACAGGGACAUCAAAAGCAAGAACGUGCUGCUGAAAAAUAACCUUACGGCUUGUAUUGCGGAUUUUGGGCUAGCUUUGAAGUUUGAGGCUGGAAAGUCUGCAGGGGAUACACAUGGACAGGUGGGUACCCGAAGGUACAUGGCCCCGGAGGUUCUCGAAGGUGCUAUCAACUUCCAGAGGGAUGCGUUUCUGCGCAUCGACAUGUACGCCAUGGGCCUGGUGCUCUGGGAGCUGGCGUCGCGCUGCACCGCCGCGGAUGGCCCAGUCGAUGAGUACAUGUUGCCAUUUGAAGAAGAAAUUGGGCAGCAUCCCUCCCUCGAAGACAUGCAGGAAGUUGUCGUUCAUAAAAAGAAGAGACCUGUUUUAAGAGAGUGUUGGCAAAAGCAUUCUGGCAUGGCGAUGCUCUGCGAGACGAUAGAGGAGUGCUGGGAUCACGACGCGGAAGCCAGGCUGUCAGCGGGUUGCGUAGAAGAGCGGAUCAUUCAGAUGCAAAAACUAACUAACAUUAUAACAACAGAGGACAUCGUGACUGUGGUCACAAUGGUGACAAACGUUGACUUUCCUCCCAAAGAAUCCAGUCUAUGAUGGUUGCACUGGGCACGGAACUGACCGCCAGGACUCUGCACUGGAGCUGCUAAAGCCGCCGGGCUCGCGUCGGCGCUGGUUUUGGUGUGAAGAGCACGGUAAGUCUCUCUGGAACGUCCCCAGGAGGGGGUUUUUCCUUCGUUUUCCCUGGAUCCGUGAGACUUUCUGCAUUCAUUCCCUGCUGACACUGAGAAACCAGAACGUGCUGUCGAGGAACUGAACCGAAGGCCACGGACCCGCGCGCUGGCUAAUCAAGCGUUUUAAAAACUGACGUCCGAUUUCUUAAUACCUGUCAGAAGAGACUAAUUCCUUAAAUGAACUACUGUUAUUUUUUUUAAAUCAAACAUUUCAUUUCAGAUUUAAAAAAAAGAAAAAAAAAAAAGGGUAACUUGUUUUUAUUGCAUUUGCUGUUGUUUAUAAAAUGACUAUUGUAAUGCCAAUAUGACACAGCUUGUGAAUGUUUAGUGUGCUGCUGUUCGGUGUACAGAAACAAACGUAAUCGAGUGGGAUAUAGCGAAGAGGCUUCCAAGUAUUACUUAACCUCCCUCAACAAGGUAUACCUCAGUUCCACCUCCACUACACCCUGACAUUGACAACACUAACAGAUUGGAAUAAUAAAUCGAUCCAUGUUUUGUAAAUGAUGUAUUUCAGAUUCACUGUGUUAUUUAAGAAGGGUAAGCUAUGCUUCAUGCCAACAGUAAAUGGCCAUUCCUAAAGCAGUGUUUUUAGCCUUUUCUUGUACUAGCUUGUUGUGUAUAAAAAAAGUGCUGUUUAUUGAAACAAAAUUUUCCUUCCUGUUUUAGUUUAAAGCUUUUCUCUUCCCUCCAUUUCCCAGAGUAUCUCAUACAUUUAUUUAACUGAAUACUAUUUAGGUUUGCUGUGUCUGAGGAAUAUUUGAAAACUUAAGCAUGACUUUUUUUAAUUUUCUGUGAGCUGUGACACUGGAAAGCUCUGAAUUCUUUUCUUUUUUGAAGUCUUUUUCCUAUUUAUGUUUGUGCAAAGCGCGUGUUCCGGUCACUAAACAGUGGGUUCUGUAUCGCUGUUUCAGGAUCACCUCAGGAAGCUCCGUUUUCCCCACAUUCUUGACUCUCUGUUUGAGGUUUGAACUGGGCUCUGGGCGCAGCUCGAUGCUGUUGGACGGGAGCACAACCUGGUGGCCGUGGUACGCAGGGCUGGCCUAGAACCACGUGGGAAGCUCCAGCCACACAUCUUAGAUUGGAAACUCUUACCGAUUUCAGGGAUGAUUUAGUUAUGCUUACAGCUGAAAAUAUGCAAUGAGUAUGUAGAGGUAACGAAUACCAACGGCCGCAGCAGACUCAAAAAAUGAGGAAAAACGUGUUGUUCUGAGUUCAGCGCUCAUGCCUUACGGUCACAUCACAGAGACUGGGACACAGGUGCCAAAGUGCUUCUCUCAAACAGUUUCAUUACAUUUAUUUGAUCCCUUACACAAAUUUUCACUUAGACUAAACUUUAUAACCCUCUAGAGGAAAGCCCUGAGAAUAGCUGGGAGUAUGCUGCGUAUUCCAUCCUUUUUUACACCAGCCAGUCCGUGUCUUUUGAAGGGUUUUAAUGUCGCAGUUAGCAGCUCGCUGCGAACGUUAUCUUGAAAAUUGGAAUGUGCAGCCAGAAGCUCCUCUCAUUUCUCCGGGCACAAUAAGAGGCGUUGUGGGUAAACAAGACCAAGGUCAGCGCUGUUCUCACCUGGAUGAACGGGGGGUGCUCAGCUUGGCUAUUGAAAGAAAAAAAAGAAACAGCCAGUUUCUGGCCACUUCUUUGAUUGAUACUUUAAUUUUGCUUCCAUUUUUUAAUCCAGGGAUGUUACUUUACGCACGCAGCAGCACAUGAACGCAGCUGCUGAGUUGUGAACAAAUCCAAGUCCGUUUGUAUGUCACUAAAGAUCUCUGUGUUCCGAUGAGUUCUAACCCCUUUAGUGGCAAAAAUGGAGUCAAUGCAGGUGGCUUAAUAAUCCCCUAUUCCAGAUGUGGUGCAAAAAUUGGUCAUGUAUGAAAAUGUGCAUCACCUGUGCGUUAUCCUUUAAGCUUCAGGUGCUGCGGGUUCCAGGGACACUGAGCUAAAACUUACCCUCAUCUUUCAACCUGCCUUUGGUUAUUGCUCACAUGUUGUGCUCCUCCUGCUUUUUAACAGCGUCAUUAAUGUCACUGUGAACAGGAUGGUGACAGUUUAAAUGCUUUUUAAUUGGCAACAGUACCAUCCCCAGAGCUGCUUGGGUGCAGCUGUUCUCGUGGGGCGUUUCGAUGCUUAUUUUCUUGGUUUACUUCUGGAGCAUUUAAUGCACCCAAGCCAGGACUGAGUUAGGCUGCUGGUGGAAACUCUGGUGUUAGUCCCAGUGACCCUUGUCCUGUUACAUCCUGUAGUGAUGCGGCUUUGGUCGCAGCCCUGGCCCUGAAAUCCAGGCCAAAUCUGUUCAAACGGUGCCCACAGCCCCCCUGAGAAACCAGCCCAGUGUUCCUCUUUACGUUGUGGUGGAGGGUGAAGGCCGGUGUCGUUUUCAAAUCCCACCUUUUGGUGUGCUAAAUUGAUAAGCAGACAGUAAUAAGAUUUCCCUGUUCACACGAGCAUUCACCAGAACACGCAGGGUUACCCGUUUGCUCCUUUUCCAGCUUCACUUUUUUAACCUUUUUUUAAUACAUUUCCUUUUAUUAGGAACACUUGGUACAAAAUGCAGGACGCUGCAAUACACCUUCAUGGGCAAAACGAUUCAAGUAGCAUCCUUGAUGGAACAUCAUUUACCUCAGAUACUCAACCAGCAGUACUUUUUGUUUCCUUUAUUUUUUUUAAUGCUGUUUCAGUCCAUAUUCGUUACCUCUCAAGAUUUUGGUAAACAAUUAUUUGAACUUUACUCUUUGUAUUUGUCAGUGUUUUGGGCACAGGUUGUUGUACUACUGUCAAAGGUACUUGCUGUUUUUCUGCAAGUAUUAAAACCAACCCCCCCCCACGCCCUCAAUAAAGUGAUUGAUUGUUAAAUAUUGUACAAAUAAAAAUGUAUACUCUUUCUCCCCUAUUCCCCCAAAAAGUUAAAAUAAAAAUGUGACUACUAUGACUCACAAA